UCAUUUCUACAGUGAAACUAAAGUAACUACAAAACAAAAUAUUUCCAGAACACUUAAUUUCAUGACAAUGCAGAUAUUUUGAAAACAGGAAUAAUAAUUUGCAGAGAUCAUGAGAGUUAUCUUUAUUGGCUUAAUUUUCUUCUACAUGUUGAUGAAUGCAUUAACAGAUGCCCGGCCAAUACAGGAUGAAGACGACACGUAUCAGGAACCUGCAGCCCUCCCGUACUGGCCUUUCUGGUCCAGUGAUUUUUGGUCAUACGUUGAGUAUUUCCGGACCCUGGGAGCAUACACCAGAAUCAACGAAAUGGCCAGAACCCUCUUUGCUCAAUAUCCUUUUGGGAAUACUCUUGGUUAUGAUGUUCCUUAUCAUGAGCACUAAUGAUUCAUACUUCUGCUAAUGCUAAUGCUGAAAUCUUUAAAUGAAUUUACUGCUGCCAGUAAGCACACCUGAAUUGCUUAUUCAGUCUGUAAUGUUAUUUCAAUAUUUUAUAUAUUCAAGCACUCUUAUAUUGUAUAGCAUUUCCAUGCUUGUAAAAUGGCAGAUAAUUAGUCCAGCUUUUCAUUUCAAUACAGUGUAUUCUUUUGUGCAAAAAUAAAAAAAUCAUU